AUCCGCCCAUCCGGCACCCUCUGCACCACCCCCGAGACCGCCGCCUUCUUCGUCAAGCACAACAUCGAGCCCGACAACGGCGCCGCCCGCCGCUUCACCGCCGGCCCGGCCAUCCAAAACGCAGCAAAGGCCUACAACGCCGUCGUGGCCUUUAGCCCGCGGCACAUUGUCCAUCCGCACGACCUGCGCUUCUUCGAUCCCAGGGGCCACCCGCUGGCCGCGGCGAGGCGCGAAAAGUACCUGCGAAAGGCGCGCGAGGAGCCGCUCUGGAUCAUGGUGACAAGCGCUGGCGCGACGUCGGCCGUGGUGCGGGUGCUGACGCAGCGGCGGCUCAAGAGCGCCAUAUACCGCUGCCUGGAACAUCUCGGGUUUCCGAAUGGAGUUGGGGAGCACAAGGAGAUCAGGGGCACCGUCUGGAUCACGCUUUACGAUCCUGUCAAGGCCUCAAAGCUACCCCCGGAGCCAUUUGCGGAAGCCGUUGCCAGGGCUCUUAGGAGUAACUGUGCACAGCCCAUGAGAUGA